GGAUUCUGGUAUAUGUUGCAAUGCAGUUGCUGGAAACAGAUUAUUUCACUUCUGAUGAAUGGAAAAGGAAGUGUUGACUUGCGUCGUUGCUGACCUCUAUUUGGACAUAAUUGACAGUAAUAAAGAGACUUUUUUUAAUUUACCAGGGAGCUGCUAUAAGUACAUGUAGACUAUUUGUACAGGGUAUUCUUUCAUUUGUUUCUGCUGGACUGUUGUCCUGUGAAAGCUGGGAAGGAUGACAUAUUUUUUAGCUGAUUCCAACAAGCCCAUUAAGACUGAAAGGAACAAUUGCAAUGGGAGCCAACUCGUUUCCGUUAAGAACCCACAUUUGGAUUUAAUGGAUGAAGACAUCCUCUAUCACUUCAGCCUGGGGACCAAAACACACGACCUGCCUGCCAUGUUUGGUGACAUAAAGUUUGUCUGCGUGGGUGGGAGCCCCAACAGAAUGAAAGCUUUUGCUCAGUUCAUGCAUAAGGAACUUGGACUCGAAGGAGAUGCCAAAGAUAUGUUGGAUAUUUGUGCUGGGACAGACCGGUACUCCAUGUUUAAGGUUGGCCCGGUGCUCUCCAUCAGCCACGGAAUGGGUGUUCCCUCCAUUUCCAUCAUGCUCCAUGAACUAAUCAAAUUGCUACACCAUGCAAAAUGCUGUGAUGUUACCAUUAUACGCAUCGGUACUUCAGGGGGAUUAGGAAUUGAACCUGGCUCUGUUGUAAUAACAGAUAUCGCAGUGGAUUCCUUUUUUAAGCCUCAGUUUGAACAGGUGAUACUGGACAAUGUGGUAGUACGGAACACCGAACUUGACCAAGACCUUGCGAAUGAAUUACUAAAAUGUAGCAGAGAGACUGAAGAUUUUCCAACACUUAUCGGUCAUACAAUGUGCACCGAUGAUUUUUAUGAGGGUCAGGGACGACUAGAUGGAGCGUUGUGCUCAUUCUCAAAUGAGAAAAAGCUAGAGUACUUAAAAAGAGCAUACGAUGCUGGAGUUAGGAACAUAGAAAUGGAGUCUACUGUAUUUGCAGCCAUGUGCAGGCUUUGUGGCCUUAAAGCUGCAGUGGUCUGCGUGACUCUCCUGGAUCGACUUGAAGGGGACCAAAUCACAGCAUCUCAUGAAGUUCUAGUUGAAUAUCAACGACGACCUCAACAACUAAUUUCAAUGUUCAUCAAGAAGCACCUCGGACUAUGGAAUCAAACAGAACCAUUAGAUAAAGAAUUAGUCUAAACAUAUAUAAAAUAUAUAUGUCUGCCAUGAUGCUGUAAUAUGACACCACAUUAAUGUUUAGACAUUGAGAUUUGCUCAGAGAGUAACUUGUACAGUAUAAAUAUGUGUGUUUGUGUGUGUUUCUCUAGGACAUCUGUGGACUUAAGGUGCCCCCAUGUAUUUUAUAGGAUUUUCUUAGGAAAAAUAUUCAGAAAUGUUUUGCACUUGCUUUCCUCUGAAAUGUAGCCCAACACACUUGGUAUUCUCCUUUGAAUAUUCAUUAGUGAACCAAGUGGCAGUGUUUGUUUCCUUCUUUCUUUUAUACUUUUAAACUCAUGGGCAAUUUACAACAGCUUAAUAAACAUCUUCAUUAUGUACCAUUUUAACUGCAACAA